UACUUGAUUCUACUACUGGUAAUGAGAUAACGACAAUGGAGGCAGAAGGAGUUUUGGCCAUACGCAAACCUUGGCCAUCAAUAGCACGUACAAUUUAUAAAGAUCAUAAUCGAUAUUUUAAUACAUACCUAAAACCCUACAAAGGUUAUUACUUUACAGGAGACAGUGUUGCUCGAGAUAGAGAUGGUUAUUAUUGGAUUCGUGGACGUGUGGAUGAUGUAAUUAAUGUGUCAGGUCACAGAUUAUCAACAGCAGAGAUCGAAUCAGCUUUAAUUGCUCAUCCUAUGGUUGCAGAAACAGCAGUCAUUGGAGUACCUGAUGACUUAACAGGACAAAGUGUACACGCUUUUACCACCCUAAAACCAGACUGUAAUGUAGAUGUAAAAGAUUUGAUCUCACAAGUACGUAAGGCUAUUGGACCAUUUGCUGCACCUAAAAAGAUUUAUGUUGUUGCUGAUCUACCAAAGACUAGAAGUGGCAAAAUUAUGAGACGUAUUUUAAGAAAGAUUAUUUCUGAUGAAACAGAUCAAUUAGGUGAUUUAAGUGCUUUGUCAGAUCCAAAUUUGAUAACUAUUUUGACUGAAAACGUUAAUAGUUCAUAG